AUGCUCGACCCUUGGAAUGUAGCGGGCGUGGUGUUGGCGGCCUCCGAAGUCGCCUGGCACAUUGGCAUAUUUUGGAGAGAAUCACGCACAGCUCCUGCCGAAGCCCAACGCCUUUAUGACACGGUAGAGCUGCUAAAGACCUCCGUCACCAGCGUCCGAGAUCGCUUCCUGUUGCGCGAUACCCUCGACGAUGCCGAGAAAAAGAAUUACCUUUCCAUCGUGAGCCUUGUGGAGAAGUGCGAGAAAGACCUCAUCAGGCUUCAACUCAUCUUACCGAAAGCCGAUGAUGAUGAGGGUACCUUUGCCCGCUUGAGGAUCCAGUUCCAGCGCAAGCUGAACGAGGACAACGUCCGUGAUAUUGUGACGGGUAUCACACUCUGCAAUCUGGCCCUUCAGAGCGAAUUGCAGUCUCUCUCCAUCUAUAAGAUGGAAAGGGAAAGGGCCCCUCGAUGCGAUCACACCUCAAUUCAGAUGGAGUGGGAAAAGGUCGUCGCCGAAGCUGAGCGGAACCUCUCUCAUCGCGGCUUCGUCCAAGGAGACAUCGACUGGGACAACAAGAUCGAGCACUUCCUCGGCUCCCUCAAGGAGAGCGCCGGCACGUCGGACGGGCGAACCACCGUUCCCGAAUUGCCGCAGGUAUCAGGGAGGCGAGAUAGCCGCCAAACCUCCAUCUCCGUACCCGCCCCGCCCUACCAGAGCGACGUCGAUAGCGGCCUCGGGAUGUUAGAGGAUCUGGACGAGGCCCAGCAGGAGCACAUGCCCAUCCCCGCCGUCCUCCGCGCGGCGAUGCUCCCCGUCACGCUGGAGAAAGUGGCCAAGUACAUGCGGGAAGGCGACUAUCGGGGCGCCGCCAGGUUUCAGCAGCGCGCCAUCCUCUACCGCCGCGAGGACGCCGGCGACAGGCCUCUCGAUACCAUCGUCGUGUGCAAGGACGAGAUGCAGCUGGCGAAUAUCUACCGCAAGAUGGCCACUCCCCAGGGCCGUAACGCCGCCGAGACGACGCUUCUCAACGCCGUUGACCGCGUCAAAACAGAGCAGAUCGACCCCGUCACCCGCAAGGAUUUCCUCCUUGCCGAGCUAUACCACGAUCUCGGGCGCAUUUACAUCGAAUCAAAGAAACAUGAAGCCGCACGUACCUACCUCACCGACGCCUUUGAUCUACUCGCGAAGCAGUCGCCUCCGUCCAGUUCCCUGAUCCGCAGCGUGGGCAUCAUGCUCUAUCAAACGUGCACCAUCCAGGACAACCACGAGGUCGCCGAGCUCCUGAACCAGUAUUCGUCGGACAACUUCGACUUCUCCCUCAAGGCGCUCGCCUGGUGCCAAGACAACGGCUUCGACAUCGAGCCCGAGGACUUUUGCUUCGACAAGCGCGACCCCGCCCGCGGCGUCUCCUCUCCACGUCGCCACCGAGCUAUGCGACCUCCAGAUCCUCCCCUGAUGCUCAAGUGCGCCCUCGACCUUGAGAUCGCCGACUCCAACACCCACCGCACCCCCUUGCUCAUCGCCUGCUCUCUCCAGGACACGCAAUCUCUCCAGCUGCUCCUCGCCCACGGCGCCCGCGUCGACGUCACCGACAAGCAAAACAUGAACGGGCUGCAUCUCUGCCAGCGCAGCACAGGCGGCACCAAGGUCGCCCGCUGCCUUUUGAACCACCCUUCCCGCGCCAUCGACGUCAACGCCGUCGACUGGAGCCAGCAGACCGCCCUCCACUUCGCCGCGGAAAUGGGGAACCUCCCCAUGGUCCGGCUACUCCUGGACUGCGGGGCCAAGGCCGAUAUCCAGGGUUUGGGAGGGUGGACCCCGCUCAUGGCGGCCGUGCAGGCAACCUCGAAAACGCAAGAGGAGAAGCUCACGACGCUCAAGGCCCUCAUUGCCAAGGGUGCGGAUCCGACCGUCCGGUACUCGAGCGGGCAGACGGCCGUCGACAUGGCCAACGAUGCUCAGAUACGCAAACACUUGAAAAACUGGAGCAAGCCCUUUGCGAAGCCCUCGAGAAAGAUUUCGCUGUCUUGGAAGAGUGCUUGA